CCUCUCUCUUUUUCUUUUGCUCUCACUCUCUCUCUCUCUCUCUCUCUCAUCCCACCCCUAAACCAAAUACAGGGAUAGUUGUCUUAUUAUUAGUGACUUAAAAGAUGCUUUUGAGCGAGACGAUGCUGGGUACUUUUGGUGCCUAGCACCAUCCCACUUUUUCUUUUAAAUUCCUGAGCUGUUGUUUACUAGGACAUUCUUUUAUUCCUGUUUCUACUAAGGCUGAGUGUUACUUGGGUGGAAAGCCUAAUUGCUUUCUUUUCUAGGUCCUUAAACCCUUUGUUAAUGUUUCUGUCUGAGAGUUCCCAAAGCCAGGGUUCUAGGAGAGUUUGGCAUGUCUGAACAACUGAACCACGAAAUAAUGGAGUAGGUCCGGCGGGGUGUGGGAGCAGGGCAUUCUGUCAAUAAAAGAGCUCCCCUCUCUGCACACAUGGCCAGUUAAUUGGCCAUUCUGGGAAAGUAUGGAUGGGGAGGGGGGCUUCUGAGAAUCGCCGGUGACAGUUAAGUGGCCUUUUGUUGAUGUCCUCUGCUGAACAACUUUGUUGGAUUUAGUCUCUGCCUUCCCCCCCCCCCCCCCCCGCCUCCUGUGGAUUUUCUGUUAGUUUCAUCAUUUACCAUUCACACAUCAUCUUUCACUCUCUCCUUCCAAUAUGACUGCUUUGUGUGCUGGCCUCGGCUUUAUUCCUGCUAUUCCCAGCCCAUAAAGGGGGCUGUGUGGGCCUUCAGCAGGACUGAGAAAUUGACUCUGCUGUCUGUUGAGAACUAUAAUGAUUGCAGUGACCUUCACGUCUGGCAGAAAAUCCACUACCUGUGCCGGCAUAAUGGCGGCCAGCCGAACAUAGAGAAAAGGGAGUCUUCACUGAAUUCCUUCUCGUGCUAUAUGUAUUUCCUUUGUUCCCCUCUCUAUUCCCUUCUGUCCCCCUUCUCCCCACUGCAACUGGAGUGCUGACCUAAGAUGCAGCUGUGACUAAGAGUUAAUGCUUGGAAAUAAUAAUACAUUCUAUUUUGCAGGCUUUGCCAAGCCAGUUCACCCACGUUGUCUCAUCUAAUAUUCCCCCCAACCCCUGUGAGGCCGGGCCUGCCGGCCUUUAGGUGCUGUCCUGUCCUGAGGCUUCGGCCAUGCCUGCGCACGAAGAAAGGGCUUGAAGCUCGCCUGAAGGAAGAAGCAUGCAGGGGGCCCCUGGAGGAGGCAUGGGCCCUGGGCUGUCCCCUGUGGACAGGUGGACACUCCUGGUCUUCAGCUUUAUUCUGGCAGCAGCUUUGGGCCAAAUGAAUUUCACAGGAGACCAGGUUCUUCGAGUCCUGGCUAAAAAUGAGAAGCAGCUUUCACUUCUCAGGGAUCUGGAGGGCCUGAAGCCCCAGAAGGUGGACUUCUGGCGUGGCCCAGCCAGGCCCAGCCUCCCGGUGGAUAUGAGAGUUCCUUUCUCUGAACUGAAAGACGUCAAGGCUUACCUGGGCUCUCACGGCCUUGCUUACAGCGUCAUGAUAAAGGACAUCCAGGUGCUGCUGGAUGAGGAGAGAGAAGCCAUGGCCAAAUCCCGCCGGUUGGAGCGUAGCACCAGCAGUUUCAGUUACGCCUCUUACCACACCCUGGAGGAGAUAUAUAGCUGGAUCGACAACUUUGUAGCCGAGCACUCAGAUAUAGUCUCAAAAAUUCGGAUUGGCCACAGCUUUGAAAAUCGGUCCAUUGUUGUCCUGAAGUUUAGCACUGGAGGACCUCAGCGCCGGGCCAUCUGGAUCGACACUGGAAUCCACUCCCGGGAGUGGAUCACCCAUGCCACUGGCAUCUGGACCGCCAAGAAGAUUGUCACUGAAUAUGGCAAAGACCGCACGCUGACGGACCUACUGAACGCCAUGGACAUCUUCAUGGAGAUCGUCACCAACCCUGAUGGGUUUGCGUUUACCCACAGCAUGAACCGCCUGUGGCGGAAGAACAAGUCCACCAGACCUGGAAUCUUCUGCAUCGGUGUGGAUCUUAACAGGAACUGGAAGUCAGGUUUUGGAGGAAAUGGUUCUAAUAACAACCCCUGCUCUGAGACUUAUCGUGGGCCCUCCCCUCAGUCGGAGCCAGAGGUGGCUGCCAUCGUGGACUUCAUCACAUCCCAUGGGAACAUCAAGGCUCUGAUCUCCAUUCACAGCUACUCUCAGAUGCUCAUGUACCCUUAUGGCCGCUCACCGGAGCCUGUUCCAAACCAGAAGGAGUUGUACGAUCUUGCCAAGGACGCAGCGCAGGCCCUGUAUGAGGUCCACGGGAUCCGGUACAUUUAUGGCAGCAUCAGCACCACCCUCUAUGUGGCCAGCGGGAUCACUGUCGACUGGGCCUAUGACAAUGGCAUCAAGUUCUCCUUCACCUUCGAGCUCCGGGACACGGGGCGCUAUGGCUUCCUGCUGCCGGCCUCCCAGAUCAUCCCCACGGCCCAGGAGACGUGGCUGGCGCUUCGGACCAUCAUGGAACACACCUUGAAUCACCCCUACUAACAACACCACCGGGGGCAGAGCAGGAAGGUUCAUUCCCUUCCCCGAGGACCGGGGCUCCUCCUGAAACCCAAGUGAUGCCUCCUGUUCCCCACACCCCAACCCUGACCCCUUAGGAGAUAAAUACAAGUUUGAACAGGCUUGAUGGCCUCUGGGGCUGGCCACCAACCCCUUUGGGCUCGCAUUGAGGAGGGGAGAGGGGCACUUGAAACGCCUCUUCAGUCCCCAGGUACUCAGGAGGGUGAGGGGCCAGCCGACCUUACACUUGCUCGUCCUGCAAAUGUGGGUCCUCCAGGCCCACGGCAGACAACGUACCUGCUGGGGGCUGCUAGUAGGCACAUUCUCCCCUUGGUGUUUACAUCCUAAGAUGAUCCUGGAGGGGACAAUGUUUGAUCAAAAGCAGUGGCUCUCCGGUGGCGACAUUUCCAGCACCUUGAGGGAGAGGUGGGGACGAGCAGGCAGCUUCCUCCUCUUCCUGCUUCAUUUCCUAUGUUGGUAGGGGUCAGGGGUUCAUUUCAGACUCCCCCUCUUUGAAGAUCCCAUUCACCCUCUAAAGGAGAGUGAACAAGUCACUGGUUUGCGACCUGUGCCUCCUGGGCACCCUCGCAGUCUCCGGUGGUCCUGGACAGAGUCACGGCCAGUCAGGGCCAGCACGGCGAAGCACCACACAUCCAGGGAGAGGAAAUCCUCUUUUCCCCCCCUCUUUGCCACAGUCACCAUGGUUGUCCUGCGCUGAGCGGUUAGUCCCUUGCCCGGCAUUUACUAAGUAAGCACUUUAUUUAAGGGAGAGAAGGGAUAAUAUUUUGAGACAGAAGAAACAAGAUGCACCCCCUCCCAAUCCUGAGGUUUCUUUCUUUCUUUCUUUUUUUAGAUUUAUUUAUUUAUUUAUUUAUUUAUAUUAUUUAUUUUGAGAGAGACAGAGACAGCAUGAGCAGGGGAAGGGCAGAGAGAGAGAGAGCAUCCCAAGCGGGCUCCACGCUUGGCAACGCAGAGCCCGACACGGGGCUCAAACUUACGAAACCAUGAGAUCAUGACCUGAGCCAAAACCAAGAGUUGGACGCUUAACCCACGGAGCCUCCCAGGCGCCCCUCCUGAGGUUUUUCCUAAUACUUUCCGCCUUCCUCCACCCCCAGGGAGCAGAGAUAGUGGGUCUGUUUGCCCCGCCCUCAGGGCAAGGCAGGUACUCUGAAGAAGCUGGAGGUCAACAGCAACGCUGGGUGGGUCUGUGCACGUCCGAGGCAGAAAGCGAGACUUGCAUUUGCAAGGGCCAGACUUUGGUUUUGUUGCAAAAGAGGAGGAUUGUGCGUACCCGGGAGCUGGCCCCUGCAGGACACAGAGCACGGGGUUUUACUCUAAAUCGCACACAUGGAAGAAAGGAGGGUGAAGUGAGAACAAGUCCCUCUUUCCACCCUAAAAGGAGAUAGAGGUUAAAUUGGUAGAUGGAGGGGAUGGGUAGUGAUCAGAACUCUAGGUAAGGCCCAGGUCCGAAAGGGCAAUGAAGGAGCAGGUUAACAAUGGCCGAGCCAAGGGGUCUAGGCAGGUUAUUAGAGCGUACCCACGAGGCUGGGUACACUCUGAGCUGUUUAGCGCUCUGAGCAAAGAAAUGGUGAGGAGGCCUGGGGUGGAAGCAAGAAGGCCGAGCCCGGGGGCCAUGCGGCCAGCGGCCAUGGCGGCACAGUGGCCAUCGGCUGGGGAUGCCUGCGCCCAGGACCUGCCAUGCCAUGAGGAGGCCUGAGCAAGUCAGGGUAAUGAACACCUGAAGAACCCAGAUCCUCUCCAGGGGAAGAGCCAAAAGAAGAAGGGAAGCAUCCCGAUUUGCGCUGUGGUUUCUCCCAGGAGACAGAUUUUUUUUAAAGCUGGAAGUGAUUUGAGCGAGCUAGAAUUUCCAAGCUAAAGUUUUCUGCUAUUAGCGGGAAUAUGAGGCCAUGGGCUAAAUUAGUGUAAGCUACAGAUAAAUAAAGCAAGUUAUACCUUUA